CUAUUUCUGUAAAUGCACUAGGGUUAUCACUCCACUUACAGGGAGCGAUCGCUCUCGCUCUCUCCCUCCCUCUCUUUAUCACAACACUCUCACUCACUUACACAAAAUCAUGGCGGACAGAAACAGCCGGGUCAGUGUUAAGAAGAAAGAGAAGAAGGUGGAAAACAAAACAAAUGAUGAGAAGGACAAAGAGAAGGAAAAGGGGAAGGAGAAAAUUGUGAAAAAGCCUGACAAACUUGUGAAAAAGCCAGAGAAGACCCCCGAGCAGCCCAAGAUGGAUGAAGAGAAGAAGAAUGGGGAAAGUGGAGGGGCAGCAGGAGCGGAGGCAAUUAACAGUGAAGAAAAUGGAGAGUUUCAGCCCAUAGAGCUGCCACCAUUUGAGAUUAUCACAGGGGAACAGAUGAGCCCGUUCUACUUCAAGUUUCAGUUCAGGAACGUGGAAUACUCAUCAGGGAGGAACAAGACCCUACUGUGCUUCAGAGUGGAUACACCAGGAGGCAGCACAGAGCCUCUGAAAGGUUAUAUGGAGGAUGAACAUGCCACAGCUCAUGCUGAAGAGGCCUUCUUUCAACAGGUGCUCCCUAACACUUCCCAAGAGUGUGAAGUCACAUGGUAUGUAUCAUCCAGUCCCUGUGUGGCUUGUGCAGCCAAGUUGGCCAACAUCCUCCAGCAGCGCAAAAUGGUCCGUCUCUGCAUAUUCUGCUCCCGUCUCUUUGAGUGGGAGCAGCCGGAGAUAGUGGAAGGGCUCCGGGCUCUGGUGAGUGCCGGCUGCAAGCUGCGGAUGAUGAAGCCAGCUGACUUCCUACAUGUUUGGGAAACGUAUGUGGAGAAGGAGGACCAGAGCUUUACUCCCUGGGAGGAUUGUCAGGAGAACUACGACUACUACAUGGAGAAACUGGUUGAUAUCCUCAAGUAGAUGGGAGUCAGUACAUAUUGUGUGCACAUGAUGGACAAGAUCUCCCCACAGACUGAACCACAAAUCGGCCUACUUGUCAAAUUCCCACUGGAUGAUUGUGUGUUUCUUGCAGUUACAUCUGAUGGUGCAGAUCAAUAUUAGUUUGAAUGAACACUCGUGGCAACAUUUUGUAUUUUUUAUUUUGAUAAUUUCAUAGGGAGACACAAAAGGCUUGAAUGGCAUUUCUGCAGAAUCACUUAUUGUAUAUAAAUAUAUCAAACAAUAUCCAACUGGUUGCCUAAAACAUUCAUUGCUGAACCAUUUACAACUUUAACAUUAAACAUUAAAUAAGCUAACAUA